CUUCUGGGAGAGAAAGCAGCUGGAACUUGGAGGCUUAUUGUGACCAAUGCUGGGACAAGACAGGUUCAUCACCCAGGUGUCUUGACUCAAUGGCAGCUCAUCCUUCAUGGCACAAGGGAGCCACCUGGCCGCCUUCGCUCCGAGCAACCCCAGGGUCAGAUUCCUUUUCCUUCCCCCAGGCCCGUCCCACCCAGUCCUCCUCAGCACCCCUCUUCCCUCUCGAAGACCCUCUCACAGUCCUUUGACCAUCAGUAUUUUAGACCAGAUCCUCGCAGGGUCAACCCCAGAUGCCACAUAUGCCACAGCUGAUGGGAAAAUUAUACCUGGGCCAAACCACGUGCCUGCAGCCGAGAAUAGCGACAAUGCGGAUAAUAAGUUUUUCGAGUCAGAGGUGUGCCACAGCCAGUGUCUUGGGGGCUGCUCUGGGCCAGGACCUGAUAAGUGUAAAGCCUGUCAUCAUUAUAGUCUUGAAGGUGAAUGUGUAGGGAGUUGUCCUGAAGGAACCUAUGGGUCAGAGGACAGGGAGUGUCUGGGUUGCGAUUCAUCCUGUGCUCUGUGCAGUGGGCCAGCUCAAAACCAGUGCGUAGCUUGUCAUCCUAGUAUGCUAUAUGUUCUCCAUCUUGGGAUCUGUGUUGAAACUUGCCCAGAGGGAUACUAUCCAGUGAAUGGAACAUGUGUAAACUGUGGAGGUCAUUGCACAGAGUGUACUGGUCUAGGACAGUGUAACAGAUGUAGUCAUAAUCUCUUGCUUAGCAACGGGACCUGCACAACAAGAUGUCCUGAUGGUUACUUUGAGACCGACAAUAAUUCAUGUGGAUCUUGUUAUCCACAGUGUCUGACUUGUGUUGGAGGUACCAAUGCAGAUUGCGCUGCCUGUAGACCUAACUCUUUCCUUCAUCGUGGGAAGUGCGUCUAUCGUUGUCCUAAAGGAACAUACGGUGAUGUAGCAACACAAGAAUGCCUGCCAUGCCCCUCUGGCUGUGCCAGUUGUACCAGCGACUCCUGCACCUCUUGCAUUGAGGGCUGGAGGACCAAGUCUGGUCGUUGUGUUGCUCGAUCCAACCAUUGUCACCUCAAUGAGUAUGCCAGCCCAUCUGGUGCAUGUGAGGCAUGCCAUUCAUCAUGCCUAGCCUGCAUUGGCACCAGGGAGGACCAGUGCCUACAUUGCGCACAACAACGGUUCCUGAUGAAUUCCCAGUGUGUCCAGACCUGUCCCAGCGGUUUCUUUGCCCAGCGUGGCCGGUGUUUGCCCUGUGCUCACGGCUGUGAGACCUGUUCCUCAUAUUCGUCAUGCUCCUCAUGUUCACCACGGUUCUACCUGCAUGUGGAUCAGUGUAUUGCCUCCUGCCCUGAUGGAACAUACAGUGACAGGGGAGUUUGCUCUUCAUGUGAUGCCUCCUGUAAAACGUGUUAUGGGCCCAGGGUCGACCAGUGUGCAUCGUGCCAGAAUGGAUCCUUCUUGCUUGAUGGCACUUGUCACCAGACCUGUCCAGAAUCCCAUUAUCCUCAAGAGAGUGAAUGUCUCCCAUGUUACCACAACUGUAAGACAUGCAGAGGCUCGGGUCUAAACGACUGCACCUCCUGCCGUGACUACCUCACCCUUGAUGGCGGUAUGUGCAUUGAGUGCCGCUCAGGCAGAUACUAUAACCUCUCCUCUCAGAGGUGUGAGGCAUGCAAUCCAUCCUGCUUGACCUGCUCAUCAGGAGGGGAGAGCAGCUGCACCUCCUGCCAGUCACCCAAGUCCCUGCACACAGCCUCAGGCACCUGCCGCAUCUGCUGUCCACCAGGCAUCUUCGAAGAGGAACAUAGCACCUGCUGCUCUUGUGAUCCCUCAACAGCCCAAUGUUAUGGAGCAGUGUCUGCAGACAAGAGAAGAAUUGCCUUAAGUUUAAAGACUGGUCUCCAUCAAUCUCCUCCUGUUGAGACAUACUUCUCCUCUGUCACAUAUUUAGUAGUUGUUAUUUGUUCUGUGAAUUUGUUGAUAUUUGGUGCUGUUUUCACUGUGCUUCAGGCCAGAUCAACAGGCUCCCUUUGUUGGAGAAGUGAUUAUGACUACAGUGCCCUCAAGAAUGGGAGUAUGUCUGAACGUGUUUCGCUCACUCUUACCCCAUACACAGAGGAUGACUCAGAGGAUGAGAGAGAGAAUGAACUACUCUACAUGAAAACUUAAGGUGGCCUUUCUUUAGAGGAGAGAGUAAACUAUGGUGCAAAAUGAGACAGAAAGAAAAAUUGUUUGCAAGGAGAAUUGCUUUUCGGGAAUAUGCUCAGAACCAGCAACAAAGUGAGGUUACUGGUAGUCUCAGCUCAUAGUUAGAGAAAUACUUAAUUGAUCCUCAGGUCAAAGUUCGUGGAAGAGUGGGAGAAGCAGAAGUAAUGCAUAGGUCUUGAAUGCAAGAUGUUUUAUUUAUUAUGUGUCAUAUCAUCUUUUUUUAUUGAAAAUAUUUUUUUUAUAUGCGUAAAUAUAUAGGGAAAUAAUUGUAGAGGUAUUGGGGCGCCAUGACUUUAAAGAAAACAAUUUUGUGUAAUGAUGUAUUGGUACAGCAAAGAAAAAAAGAAAAUUGGAAAUGGCAUAUAAAAAUGAUGGCAAACAUAUCACACAAAGAAAUUUAUUUAUGGUUAUAGCUUUUAAUACUUGAAUAUUUAAAUGCUGAGGUAAGCUUGUUGCUCAUUUCAAACAGUCUAAUAGUCAAAGAAAAAAAAAAAGAGGAUUUAUAGUCAUAUAUAUUUUACUUUAUUGUUUACCCUUAAAAAAUGUACCUUUUCUCCCAGAUGGUUUAUUAAUUCUCUUAUGUAUAGUACCUCUCAAAAUGUUCUAGCUGCACCUUAUAGUAGGAGAAAAGAAGGAAAAAAAGCAGGAAAAUAAAAGACAUUACAGUAUGUGAAACAUGAGGGAAUUGUGUGUUAGUAUUUCUAAUAGUAAUGUGCAAAGUUUUGGAAGAGAUUUAGAGCAAGUGUGAAUGUAUCAUUCAUCUCUUUUUUUGUGUGUUUUUUAAAUGUUUCGACUUGAAGAAUUUUGAUGUAAAAAUGCUUUUUCUUUCUUCUUUUUUCAGUGUACGUGUGGCCUAAUCGCAAGUCAUUUAAAGAAUUAAAGAAAAAUAUUUACUUUUUUUAUAAGAAAGUACAGUAUACAGAGUAAAGUUUACCUCAGAAUAAUAAGAAUAUUUAGUCAAUGACUGGAGAAUGUCACCCAACCUCAAAACUUAAUUGUAGAUUACCAUUGAUUAUGGUUGGACCACAUUAUUAUUGUUAGUAUUACUAAUACUAAUGAAAACGUUUUAUAGCUCUAAUUUUUAUAUUUUAUAUUGUGUUAUCUUGAGUUAGAGUAUUGGGUAUUAUGUUUUAUGUAUAUCCAGUACAUUAAAAAAGGAAACAAAUCAGUGUGUAUAGAUAUGAAGUUGCCGAUAGACAUAUUUUAUAAGUGAAUUUCUUUCCCCCCCUUUUUGAUAUUGGAAUGAAGUAUGGUGCUGUUGCAAUGCUAAAUACUUACUGAUGUGAUAAAAUAUUGGGCAUAAGUGUGCCACAUAAUUUCUAUUUGAAAAUUAAGGACCACAUCUUCAAACUCACACAGACUUACCCUUUCAUUCUGGUCAGACAUUGGUGUUUAUGAAAACAUUAAUGCAGCUCUAUACCGAUGACACAAGGAGGGCCCAGUCUAGUCAGAGUGACAUACCCACAAAUGUGACAGCUCUGAUGAGAAACUUUGUCCACAGGUAUUUCACGUACAUCGUUUCAGUAAAGGUCAACGAAAUACUUAAGAAAAAUGUUCUUUUUAAGUGAGUAUCACUUUAUACCAACAAAGGUCUACACUACUUCUGUUAUGUGUAGUGCUAAUAGCCUGAUCUUCAAAGCAAGCAGUGAUAAGAUAUUGAAAAUGCUGCUCUGAUACUCUAGAAUGUGAUGUUU